CCAUUAUAGUUUUCAAACAAAAGUUAACUUCAAAUUUCAAUUACAAAAAUAAACAUAGAAAAAGUGUUCAAACUCAAAAGCAAUCAUCACUUCAAAUUCAAGAUCAAAUCGAAUUUCAAACUCUCCCAAUCCAAACUAUAAAAAGGAAAAAAAAAAAGCAAAAGCAUGUUUGGGAUUUUUUUUUGAGUCUUCCCAAAAUUCUGACACAAAACCAUAAAGCAGUUUUCUCUACUGUCAAUCACGUGAUACCGUCCCUCCAUCCUCUCCCCGAUGUUCGUUUGAUUCUUCUCAAACCACUCUCUCUCUCUCUCUCUCUCCCCACUGUUUGUUUGUUUUGUUCGACAUUGCUGAUUCUUGCUGGUGUUCUCCAAGCAUAAACCCUGCGGGAGGUUUCACUACCCAGAUCUGCCUCCGCAGGGCAAGUAUUUGUAGGAAAAUGGGUUUUAUUUCUCGGAAGAUAUUCCCAGCAUGUGGGAAAAUGUGUGUUUGCUGCCCUGCUUUGAGGUCUAGUUCUCGCCAACCGGUUAAGCGUUACAAGAAACUGCUUGCUGAAAUUUUCCCAAAAUCUCCGAAUGGUCCGUCAAGUGAACGGAAAAUUGUCAAGUUAUGUGAAUAUGCUGCCAAAAACCCUUUUAGAAUCCCAAAGAUUGCACAAUAUCUAGAAGAAAGGUGCUUCAAAGAACUGCGAUGUGAUCACAUCAAAUUUGUCAAUAUCGUCACAGAAGCGUACAAUAAGUUGCUUUGUAUUUGUAAAGAGCAAAUGGCAUAUUUUGCUGUCAGUCUGCUGAAUGUUGUUAAUGAACUAUUGGAUAACUCCAAGAAAGAUGCCGUGCAACUAAUUGGUUGCCAGACAUUAACUAGGUUCAUUUAUAGUCAGGUAGACGGAACUUACACAUACAAUAUUGAAAAUUUGGUUAAAAAAGUAUGUAUACUAGCUCGUGCGACUGGAGAAGAACAUGAGAAGCGCUGCUUGAGGGCAUCAGGCUUGCAGUGCCUUUCAGCCAUGGUAUGGUUCAUGGCAGAGUUUUCGCACAUCUUUGUUGAUUUUGAUCAGAUUGUGCAUGUUACUUUGGCUAACUAUGAGCCAGAUACAAUAAAUGAAGAUGAUGAUGAAAGAGGGGAAUUACAUCAUCAUUGGGUGGAUGAAGUAGUUAGAUGCGAAGGGAGAGUUGGCACUGGUACUGAAAUGAUCCCUAGCAGCAUGAUGAUUAGGUCACGACCAGAGAAGAAAGAUCCUUCUCUUUUAACCAGAGAAGAGAUUGAGACACCGAAAGUAUGGGUGCAAAUAUGUAUCCAAAGAAUGGUUGAACUAGCCAAAGAGAGUAUAACAAUGCGCCGGAUAUUGGAUCCAAUGUUUGUCUAUUUUGAUACUGGCCGACAUUGGGUUCCUCGGCAUGGGUUGGCAAUAAUGAUUCUGUCUGAUAUGUGCUACUUCGUGGAGAUUCCAGGGAAUCAGCAAUUGAUUUUAACUACUGUCAUUCAUCAUUUGGACCACAAAAAUGUUUCACAUGAUCCGCAAGUUAAAUCUAGUGUCAUCCAAAUUGCUACUGCUUUGGUUCGGCAAAUUAGAUCUGAAGCUGUUCUCUCAGAUAUUGGAUAUAUCAGUGACCUAUGCAGGCAUUUGAGGAAAAGUAUUCAAGCAACAGUUGAUUCAGUGGGAGAACAAGAGCUAAACUUGAAUAUCUCACUCCAAAAUGCCAUUGAAGAUUGUUUGGUAGAAACUGCUAAAGGGAUUGCUGAUGCAAGGCAACUAUUUGAUGUGAUGGCGACGACACUGGAGAAGCUGCCGUCGGUUAAAGUAGUUACCAGAGCAACCAUUGAAUCACUGAUCAUUCUUGCUCAUGUAAUUUCGUUAGCAUCUGUCUCUUCAUUUUCACAGCAGGUAUUUCCAGAGGCUCUUCUUGUUCAGCUUUUGAAAGUAAUGCUGCAUCCUGACGUUGAAGUACGUGUCGGGGCACAUAAAAUAUUUUCUGGUCUUCUCAUCCCAAGUUCUAAUCAUCCACUACGUGAUGUUUCUAACCAUCCAAGGAGAUGGCAUUCCAAUUCUGCCUCUGCAUUUGCUUCAAUUACUGCUUUACUUGAAAGGCUUCGGAGAGAAAAGGAUGGAACUAAAGUACAAAAGCAUGCAAUUAAUAUUCGAGAUGAUUUUAAUGAAAGAGACGCUGAAGAAGAACGGAAGCAGGGGCGGGCUCUCAAGAAUUCCCCUAAUUUCUACAAAAUAAGUUCUAUAAUUGACAAGACUGCUGGAUCAACUAGCUUGGCUGUGGCUGAACCAUCUAUUAUGAAAUUUAGUGAGGAUCAAAUAGCACAGUUGCUGUCUGCCUUUUGGGUACAAGCUAAUCUUCCAGAUAAUCUACCUUCAAAUGUUGAAGCUAUAGCCCAUUCUUACUGCUUGGCACUUAUUUCGUUACGCCUUAAGAGUCACAAUAACAACCUACUGGUCCGCUUCUUUCAGCUUCCCCUGUCGCUUAGGAAUAUGUCAUUGGACCCUAACAAUGGGAUGUGGCCUCCAACAUACCAGAGAUUAGUUCUUAUAUUAUCAACGGCAAUGUUGAUGUUUGCAGCAAAGUUAUAUCAGAUUCCCGAUUUGAAUGAUUUGAUUAAUUCAUUGGUUGAAUGUGAUGUGGAUCCCUACUUGGGCAUCAGUGACGACUUUCAAGUAUAUGUGAAGCCUGGGGCGGAUGUGAGAGAGUAUGGUUCUGUCACUGAUAACCAAGUGGCCACAUCGUUGCUGUUCGAUUUACGGAACAAGAUCUCUGAAUCUGACAAGAUUCUCGUGGAUAUCUUAGUUCAGAACUUGUCUUCUAGUGUCGAGCUAGAUGUGGCUGACCUUGUAAAGCAGCUUUCAGAACCAUUUACACCUGAUGAUGCGUUCAUGUUUGGUCCACAAUCAAUCCUUGAUUUGGAUCACAUUCAGGCAAUUGCAAAUUCCAAGGAAACUCUUUCUUGUGAUGGGGAUUUUCUGACAAAUUUGAUAGCCGAGGACGAUGCAAUGAGUGAAUCUUCUGUUGCUGACCUCUCUCGCUUCAUCCCGAAGAUGCCGGCAUCCCCUUCCAUGUCUCACAUUGUCAGCAUUGGGCAGCUUCUGGAAUCGGCACUUGAGGUCGCUGGUCAAGUGGCUGGAGCGUCUGUUUCAACUUCACCCCUUCCAUAUAGCACCAUGGCCAGUCAGUGUGAAGCUCUUGGAACAGGUGCAAGGAAGAAGCUCUCGAAUUGGUUGACCCAAGAAAGUCAUUACACAAAAACAUCUGAGAAAGUACUUUCGUCAUUUUCUGCAGAUGGGUUGUCAGAAAUCAGGAAGGUAACCAAUAGAGAGGGAUCUGUUCCUGUUCAGGGAGCUAUGCCGCAGAUGGACCCAUGGUUGGCUCUGAAGCUACCGCCUGCCAGCCCUUUUGACAACUUCCUCAGAGCAGCUAGGUAUUAGAAAGAGUAGUCUGUUCACACUCUGUAUGUGUUAAUCUAACCUGUAAAGUUGUAGGCAGUGGAGGACUUUUUAGCUCGGUAUGAUUUCAACUUAAUUAACAAUCAAGGGCUUCCAAGCCCCAGUUGUGUAAUCAUUGUAUGCUGAGUGUUUUCUCGACUGGUAGCUACUUUUAAACAUUGUACAAUGCUGCAGUGUUUGUAUGCAGUGUUUUAUGUAGCUCUAUCUGCGUGCGCGUGCACGAUGCAUGUUGCUUAAUCUAUUUGCUGAGGCCCCGUGUGUGCAAUUCUCUGUGCAUGCUCGCCAUGCAUACUGCAUAAUCUAUUAGCUGAGGCGCUUCUUGGGCUUUUGGUUACGGCUAUUGGAUAAUUAUAUGACAUGUUUGAUU